AUGGAAUCAGAAGCCUGGGCUUUCAUCAAACAAGUGGUUCAAGGACGAUGGUUUUCGGUAUACGCCGGGAUGAUGAUGAUGAUCGGCAACGGUACAACAUACAUUUUUGGAACAUACUCCAAAGUCCUCAAGACAGAAUUUGAUUACAGCCAAACCCAAGUUAACAUGUUAGGAUUUGCUAAAGAUCUCGGUUCCAAUGUUGGGAUUAUCGCAGGUCUACUGGCCGAGUUCGUUCCAACGUGGGUUCUCUUCACGAUCGGCGCAUUCCAAAACUUCACUUGCUACUUCUUCAUAUGGCUAUCCAUGACUCGCCGGAUCCCUCAACCAGAAUUUUGGCAAAUGUUUCUUUCCGUUUGCUUUGGUUCUAAUUCUUCUAAUUAUGCCAAUACAGCCAUUAUGGUCAUUAGUCUUAGAAAUUUCCCGGACCGUCGUGGUAUCAUUUUAGGCUUACUCAAAGGGUAUGUUGGUAUUGGAGGUGCCAUUUUAACCCAAAUUUAUUUAGGUAUUUAUGGCCCUGAAGAUCCAUCAGAUCUUGUUCUUCUUUUUGCUUGGUUUCCCUCCGUCCUAAUCCUUCUUAUUUCCACUUCAAUUCGACCAAUUCAUAUCCGUAAGCAUCCCGAAGAGCUCAAAGUUUUUUACCAUUUACUUUAUGUUUCUAUUAUUAUAGCAAUUUUCAUCUUUUUUUUGUCCAUCACACAAAAACAAGUUACUUUUUCUCCCGCUGCGUAUGCGAGUGGCGCGUACGUCGUCGUUGCCUUACUCUGUUUACCUCUUUUGAUUGUUUGUAGAGAAGAAUUCUUAUUGUACAAACUCAAAAAACAAAACCUUAACCGCGAUCCUUCUGUCGCCCUCUCCAUUGUUGAUCAAAAGGUAACAAACUGUCCCAAAUCAUUUUCUACAUUGGAAGAAAUUGCAGAGAUUUCGCCGUCUUGUAUCUCAAACAUAUGUAACAAACCAGAUCGGGGCAACGAUUUCACCGUCUUACAAGCUAUCUUCAGUAUAGAUAUGCUUUUGAUUUGUUUAGCUACUUUUUCUGGAUGUGGGUCUUCUCUUGCAGCCAUUGAUAAUUUAGGUCAAAUUGGGGAAUCACUGGGCUACCCAGCACGAGCUAUAAGCAUCUUCGUUUCUUGGGUUUCUAUAUUCAAUUUCUUUGGCCGAGUCUUCUCUGGUUUCAUCUCUGAAUUGAUGAUUAUCAAAUACAAAUUACCUCGUCCUCUAAUGUUUGCUUUCGCCUUUCUUCUCACUUGCCUUGGCCAGCUUUGUAUAGCGUAUCCGUUUCCGGGGUCCGUAUAUGUGGCUUCCAGCAUUAUCGGAUUCGGAUUCGGAGCUCAAAAUCCAUUGCUAUUCGCGGUAAUCUCAGAGAUGUUUGGACUAAAACAUUACUCCAUAUUGUUCAAUUGUGGGCAAUUGGUAGUCCCAUUAGGGUCUUAUAUACUAAAUGUGGAUAUAGUUGGGAAACUAUACGACGCGGAAGCGUUACGUGAAGGUAGAAAGAUGACGGGCAAGGGAAUAACUUGCACUGGAGCUCAUUGUUUUGGUGGAUCGUUUACAAUUUUGGCUGCAUCCACAUUGUUUGGAGCAUUGGUUAUGCUUGUAUUGGCUUAUAGGACAAGAGAUUAUUAUAGAUGGGAUAUAUAUAAGAAUUACAAAGAGGAUAUGUGGAUUCCUCAAGCAGAAAUGGAAUUUUAUCGCUUAGACAACAGGAAGAACAUUGAUGACUAA